CCUAACGCACUUUAAUAACGAUCAACAGAGGAAAAAAAGAAGAUAAAACAAGGAUUAAAUUCUCCAUUCCGUUAAAGCAAAAGAGGGAGCAGAGCAGAUUUGGGCUUCGGCUUUUGCUUUACUUUGCUUCGAUUCUAGGGUUUUGCACUACGACUCUGUUACAGAAACAAAUAGAGAACGCGGCUAAUCCCACUCUCUUUUUUACUUUUGUUAAUACGGUUAUUUUUGUUUCUUACUGUGUUGAUUCAAAGGUUUAAGGCCCUUCCAGGAUCAAAGUGAAUAAGUAGGAUUUCAAGGAUGUGCUGAAGUGAAGUAUCAUCAUCUCUAGACAAAGGUUUCGAAGUAGUAAGCUACAAUAUAUGGCAUAUUAGGGGUAAAACGAAACCCAAUGUAGGAUACUAACACCAGCUUGGCUUUAGAUUGUGGCAGUUUGUGAAGGAGGUGAAUGGUGUGCUAUUCAUAGUCUAAUGCUUGCCUAGGUUCAGAUUUAUACUGACAUACCUGUAUUUGUGUACCAAAUAUGGAAUUAUAGAAUUUUAAUAUGGAAGACUUUAGAGAAUCAGAGCUUCCACUUCUUAGCUGGAUCAGCAAAAAUCCUUCUGAGAUGGCAGAAUCCCCUCUGUUUAUUGUCUCCUGUGUCAUUGCUGGUUUAGUUGGAAUUUUAACUAUACUUUACACAGCUUUCCAGUGGAGAAGGAACACAAAUGGUAGUUGGAUGAAAGCCAUAGCCAGAUCAAAGAAAAACCCGAAAACAAGGAAUAAGGUCCCUGUGGCUCCUCAUACUUGGGCUUUAGAAACUGUUUCUCGAGGGAAAAGUUUAAAUUGCGGUGUCUGUCUAAAGUCCAUUUCUCCAUCUCAGACUCUUGGCCCAAUUGUGGCUUCGGAAAGUUUCUUUAAUCGUUGCAGCAUAUGUGGUGCAGCAGCUCAUCUGAGUUGCUCAUCGAGUGCUCACAAGGAUUGCAAAUGCGUAUCGAUGUUUGGAUACCCUAAUGUGGUACAUCAGUGGGCAGUGCGCUGGACAGAGGUAGCUGAUCAACCUGAUGAAUCUUACUUCUGCAGCUACUGUGAAGAGCCAUGCAAUAGUUCAUUUCUUGGUGGGUCCCCUAUAUGGUGUUGCCUGUGGUGUCAGCGUCUAGUUCAUGUUGAUUGUCAUGCCAAUAUGUUCAAUGAAACUGGUGAUAUUUGUGACCUGGGCCCUUUCAGAAGGCUUAUUCUAUCGCCACUUUAUGUGAAAGAGCUUAACAGGACUUCUGCGGGCGGACUGCUGAGUUCUAUCACACAAGGAGCCAACGAGAUUGCAUCUUCAGUGCGUGCUAGUAUAAUAAGUCAAAGCAAGAAAUACAAACACAGUAAUGAGAAACAUGGGAAUGGGACCUCUGCAGAGACAAGCAAUGGUGAUGCUACUGGGGACACAACUGCUGAAAGCACUGCUGAUAGUCAUCAAGUAAAUGGUAAUUGUAGAAUAGAGGAAAAAUGCAAUGGCUGUGUAAAUAGAGAGGGUGUGGAUCAGCAGCAAGACAGUGGUGUGAAAAAGAUGAUAUCUAUACCCAGCUUCAAGAGGAGUUCAUCCAUUAAUCAGAGGGAUGAAUCUCAAUUAAUAGGGAUAAGGCAGAAAUAUGAAUUGACUGAUUUGCCUCCAGAUGCCAGGCCUUUGCUAGUUUUUAUAAACAAGAAAAGUGGAGCUCAACGAGGAGAUUCACUUAGGCAGCGGUUAAACCUUUUAUUAAAUCCAGUGCAGGUCUUUGAGUUGAGUUCAACCGAUGGGCCCGAAGUCGGUCUGCAUCUUUUUAGAAGGGUGCCUCACUUCCGGGUUCUUGUAUGUGGAGGUGAUGGUACUGUAGGCUGGGUUUUGAAUGCCGUAGAUAAACAAAACUAUGUUUCUCCUCCACCAGUGGCAAUACUUCCCGCUGGGACAGGAAAUGAUUUGGCUCGAGUUCUUUCCUGGGGAGGUGGCUUGGGUUCUGUAGAGAGACAAGGUGGUCUUUGCACACUUUUGCAUGAUAUUGAACAAGCUGCAGUAACUAUCCUUGAUCGAUGGAAAGUUUCUAUCUUAGACCAACAAGGCAAGCUGCUUCAAGCCCCGAAGUUCUUGAACAACUACCUUGGGGUUGGCUGUGAUGCAAAGGUUGCAUUAGAAAUCCAUAAUAUGAGGGAGGAAAACCCCGAGAAGUUCUACAAUCAGGUAUGCAGAUCAUCUUCUAUAAGAUCAUGUGGAGUUCCUGAGGAUGCAGAAGGUGUUCUUGUAGCUAAUAUUGGAAGCUACAUGGGCGGAGUAGACUUGUGGCAGAACGAAGAUGAAACUUAUGACAAUCUUGAUCCUCAAUCCAUGCAUGACAAGAUGCUGGAGGUUGUCAGCAUUUCUGGGACCUGGCAUCUUGGGAAGCUUCAGGUGGGGCUUUCGAAAGCUCGGAGGCUUGCACAGGGGCAAUUGAUCAAAAUUCAACUUUUUGCUGGAUUUCCUGUUCAAAUAGAUGGAGAACCCUGGUAUCAGCAACCAUGUACAUUGACAAUAACACAUCAUGGACAGGCCUUCAUGCUGAAGAGAGCAGCAGAAGAACCUCUAGGUCAUGCAGCAGCAAUAAUUGCCGAUGUGCUUGAGAAUGCGGAAUCCAAUCAAGUGAUCGAUGCAUCACAGAAGCGGGCACUUCUUCAAGAAAUGGCCCUUAGACUCUCUUAGACACUGACACUUUUUAGGUUGCAGCAGUUAAUAGGAAGUUUUGUGUAAAGUUCUCUGCCCUUUUUUACAGGUUCUUCCAUUUCACAUGUAAAAUAUAUGGAAAUUAGAAAUGUAUACAAAGCUAGUUAACAUCGAGUGAAGAGGCAAAUUUUAUGAUGGUUGAACCAGUGU